AUGCUUUCCGCAAUCCAUCCAGCUGCUCUAUUCCCGGUUUAUUCUCCACACACACUGCCUGAGGCAUAUCGAGCAUGCACCAUCCGCUCCCUUCACCCAAUAUCCCCCGUUCUAAGGCUCUUACCCCGAAUUCUGCAUGGCACCACUUUGGACCGGAAUUACCUUCAGAUUGUGGCGCGAGGGAGGGGCUCUGGAUAUGGAAAAUCGUGCGCUUGGAAUCUCCAUUCUUCUUCUUCCUUCUCUCGCAAACGUCCCACCCACCAGAUAUGACCACAAAACUGUUGGGCUUCUCGUUUGCUUUGCUUCUUGAAAUAACGAGGAGAGAGAGAGGCCGCGAGACCAGCCCCUGCUCUUCAAGUUGUUUACGGUUGUGUCUUCGACGGCUGUCUCGCCACCGGCCGCUCGGCGCUGGACCUUCCCAUCCCAUCCGCGAAACUGUUGUAUUUGGCCGUCGAGCAAGGGGGAGCACGAGAGGGAGGGGCAAGACAAAACUACAACUCAGUCUCCAAUCGCAUCUCUGUAUCCCCAGCACGCCGACGUAA